AAUUUUAUAUUCGAUACGUUGUUAGGCUAAAAUGGCACUAUUGAGAAAACAAAAAACAACAGCAAGGGAAGAAAAGAAAGGGAAAAAAAAACUCAAAAGGAGGCUUCUAAUAUUGGAAGCCCGACCCGACCCGACCCGAAACUAUUUUCACUCUUUUAUUCAAAACCACGCUUGCAAAUCGACAAAUUCAAAAAUUUCCCCUUCCCGGGAAAGGGCGUAUUUACCUUUGAGAGCUUCCAUGGAACACGAGGAUGCAAAUCGACUGCAUAACAAAGAGCGAAGGCGUUUACCCAUCCGAGGCAUGGAAUCGGUGAUAGCUACAGUCAGUGGAUACCACGGUACCGAGCGCUUUAAUCUCAUCAAGUUGAUAGAUAAGUGCGGUGCAAGUUAUGUUGGUUCAAUGAAUCAGUCCAUCACUCAUUUGGUGUGUUGGAGAUUUGAAGGGAAAAAAUAUGAGCUUGCCAAAAAGUUUAAAAAGUCGAUAAUCAACCAUAAGUGGAUUGAAGAUUGUAUUAAGGAAGGGAAACAUCUUCCAGAGGCUCCCUACACAUUUCAAUGUGGGCAAGAAGUGGGGCCGCUAGUGUUGGAUAAUACACUUUUUACAGAAACUAUACAACUGAAUCACUCCAAAAGACCAGCUAUUCAUAUUGAAUCUGAAGAGGAUUUCAACUCUUGGACGGAUUCAACCUUGUUAAAAGAGAAUUUGUUUCCGGAGAUGGGUAAACACAAGGAUAGACCAAGGAAGAAAUCAAAUGCCAAUAUUACUAAUGUGGAUCACCCCUCCAGCAGCAAAUAUUAUUCCGAUGAGCCUUCUUUACAAGGCUCACAUAGGCCAGAGAUUGAACUGAAUUUUCCCUCUUCAGCAUCCCUUAAAUCCAAGAAGAGAAAUUCUGAAUUUUCUGAAACUUCUUGCAGAAUUCGUAGAUUGGGGAAGAAGAGCAUUAAUCGGGAUCUCGGGGAGAUUAUUUCAGGUUCAGAGAAACAGAGUUUCCAAAUACGAGCUCGCCAGGAACUUGAAACUUCAGCACAAUCUUACAACUUGGAUGUUGAAAUGCCAGAAAUCUCUGUGAACAACAGGCAUGGAUCUGGUUUUAGCUGCCAUCAGUCGGAGCCAAGUAAAAUAGACCUGGAUGAUAUUGAGGAUACUGAAGUUAACAGACUUUUUGAUAAUGGCGAUCAGAGUUUACAUUUAGAAAGUACCUCAUCUAAUCUUACUGGAACUCGACAAGAGCCUUGCCCAGCUGUUGAUGAGGUCCAAAAUGAGACUGAUAAUACUUGCAAAGUGUCUACAUCAACCGCAUUAUCCUGUGUCAUAUGUUGGACAGAUUUUAGUUCAUCCAGGGGGUUGCUUCCCUGUGGUCAUAGUUUUUGUUUCUCAUGCAUCCAGACGUGGGCCAAUCAUAUGGCAUCAAGCAGAAAAGUUUCAACAUGCCCUUUGUGCAAGGCUAGUUUUGUUGCCAUUAGAAAGGUUGAUGAUGCAAUUCCUGCUGAUCAAAAUAUAUACACUCAAACUAUUCCAGAGCACAAUCCAGAAAUGGACAUAUAUAUACUUCCGGAGGGUGUAAUUCCAAGGUUACCUUCUAAUUCAUCAAGGGCUCCAGUCUGUUGUCACUGCUCUUGUCGAGAACCAGCGGACCUACUAGUCAAAUGUCAUCUCUGCGAGACUCUUUAUAUUCAUUCGUAUUGUUUGGAUCCUCCAUUGUUUCCAUGGACAUGCAUGCACUGCAAGGAUCUACAGAGGCUUUACCGUCGUAACUGGUAAUUUGCAUGCUUGGGAUGUAUGCAUAAGCUGAUCUUAAAAUUAGAAGUUACCAUAGGAAAGAAGAAAAGGAAAAAAAUAAGGUGUCAACCUCCCCUCUGGGAUGUAUAUCGGUAGGUUGACUCCAGGAGUUGUGGACCAUGCUUGGUCCACUUGUAACAGUACAAACUAUUUAGAAUUCAUUAUGGACAAAGCUCCUGAGCGCAUCAUUUUUUAUUAUAUACGUCAUUUUUCUCUACUGGAGUCUAAUACUAAAAACUCAAAUUGUAGGCUCAUGAUAUUAAACAUCUAGUUUUUCUGGUAAAUGACCAAACCUUGUUAUUA